GGUUGAGUUCGUUCGGUUGCGAGGGGGAGAAAAGUGGGUGAAUAGAUGGAAGUUUCCCGUUGGAUAAAAAGAAGCAACUCGGACAGCUAUGGAUUUAUCCCCUUAAAUUGGUUGAUUCGAUGAUGUUCAUCACAAAAGCUCUUCUGCUCAUUGCCCUCGUUCCAUUCCUGACUUCCGCUUUGGAAGAUGGGUUCAUUUGUCCCAAGUUGCUGCCCUCCGAGUUCGUCAAAGACCUCAACCCUAAAUAUCCCCACCCCACAAACUGCCAAAAGUAUUACGUCUGCUUGAAAGGAGUGACUCCAGUUGAACAGAACUGCUAUCCCGGAGAGGUCUUCAAUAACAACAGCAAGCAGUGCGAUCUCCCCGAGAACGUCAUUCAAUGCAUCGACUGGUACAAGGAUCAUCCUGCAGGCGACAUUGACGCAGAUGGCGGAAGAUACUAUGGUCGCAAAUAAGUCGAUCAUAGUAUUAUCCUACAAUCCUUCGCCUCAAAAAAUAUUUAUUCUGUUUAACGUUUAUUAUCAAGGAAUUGGUAAAUACGUGCCCUCUUCAUUAUUAUUUUAUCUGGUCAUCUGUUGCGUUAAUACAAAUAUACAUAUCUCACAUUACCUAAA